AUGGUGCCAGCCGCCGCGCGGGCGCAGCGGGGCGCGGCGCCAGGCCUCGUCGAGGCGCUGCCCCUGGUGCCCUAUCGGGACGACGGGCGGGAGGCCAGCUGCGCGGUGUGCCUCGACGAGUUCGCCGGGGAACAGCAUGUGCGACAACUGCCAUGCGGUCACAGAUUCCACGCGCCGUGCAUCGACCAGUGGUUGGCCAGGAGCACACGGUGUCCGCUGUGCUCCCGCGACGUUGCGCCGCUCGCCACGUGCUGCGGCCGGGCUGCCAGCACCAGCAGCGACGCCCCGGUGCGGCGCAGGAGGUGGCAGCUCCAGGCCCACCAGUCGCAGGUGUGA